GUUGCAGCGGCUGCCGAAGAAGGAAGCUUGGGGACCCCUCCCGCGCUGCGACGUUUGCCCCCCGCCUUCCAGCCCUCUCUCUACGCGCUCCAUCAAGCGAGGGCCUGUGGCUGCGGAGCUUUUGCCUCAUCUUCCCCCCAGCACGGAAACUAGCUGCUCGGCGCCCCCCCCCCCCCCCCCCGCGGAAGACAAGUCAGCUAAGAAAAUGUGGAAGGUGCCAGUUCUGCUCUUCGUUUUGGGAAGCGCAUCGCUCUGGGUCCUGGCAGAAGGAGCCAGCACGGUCCUGCCAGAAGAUGGCGUGACUCCAGGUGUCGAAGGUAGUAGCAAGGCGUCCCCGGGUGUGGAAGAUUACACAGUGACCCCACGAACCCGUGAAGAGCCCUAUGCGACCCCUCUGGUGCCAACGAGAACAAAGGGCACAACAGGCAGUCCCACAGAGGAUGUGUUUACUGUAGGAAGCACAACGCACAGCCACAAAGGAAGCCAGAGCACCACGACCCAGAAUGUGGUGACCAGUCAGUCCCACGAUAAAGGAGAUGAAGAGAAAUCAAAAACAGUUACGAAAGAUGGCUUGGGGACGGUGACCCUAGUUGGAAUCACAGUUGGGGUCUUACUAGCCAUUGGAUUCAUUGGUGCAAUCAUCGUCAUGCUUGUGCGAAAAAUGUCAGGAAGAUACUCGCCCUGAAGAGCUGAAAGAUCAUGCCCUCCUGCCAACACGUUUAAAGAAGAAAAAGUUUUCAACCGCCCCCUCCCCCGGCCCUGAGCACGUGGAGAAGAUGACCCGUGGAAAUGCUUGCCUCCCCCUGCCCCCCGCCCCCCGCCACCCUCAAAAUCCAUGGCGAUCCCUCCACUUGCCAGAAGUAACCGCAGGAAAGAAUAUUCAUAAGACUUGCUCCUCUAAGCAUUUGUCUUUUGGGGAGGAAAAAAAUUUGUUUUAAUAGAAAUUUUGCAUAAGAUGACUUAAAAGACAAACUGCAUAGAAAACAGAGCAAAACUACAUCAUCUGAUGUGUAACUCAGUAUCAUUCAAUCUAUGUUAGAAAGUGUGAUUGUGUCUCUGCUCCACCCAUUCUCUCUUGUUGUUACGAUGCAAAGGAAUUUGGAAAUAUUUAUCCCCAUGGCGUCCUUGGGUUAAAAGCUAUGUCAUUAAGUGGCAAAAGCAUUGUACAGUUUCUGGUCUGUUGAAAUGUACAUGUUCCAGUCUAAUUAGAUCUGUUUUGAAAGUCUGAUUUGGUCUGAAUGAUAUGCCAGUACAGAAUCUAAACUUGCAUAAUAUGUAAUGAGCAACUGCCUUUCACUGGUCUGGGUAAAUCAUUUCAAAGGCAUCUAUUUUAGAUCAGACACAGGACGUCUGUACUUGGGGGAAGCCAUCCUGUUUCUUGCAGCAAGGGUACCGGACAGGCUCCAGGUGUGCCCUGCUGCCUGCCCCAUGAGUGACUUGAUAAUUCAAAGGUUUCCAUCUGCCUGCCCCUUCCACUCCCCUCAGAUGGUGGGGAUCCAGAGCUAAGGGGGUGACUUUCUUUAUUCCCUGUGACGUGAGUCCUCCAGGUCGGCUGCUUUGUUCUGGAAUCUAAAGCUCUCAGCCCCAGGUGCCAAAGUGGCUGCAGGAAGCCCAGAGGUACCAGAGCUCAGGUCUUCCAGGAAUGAAGAACCACAGUGCUCCCCCAACCCUGUGUGUGGCUCUGAGAAACAGAACCUGCCAAUUUACUUUUGGCCUCAGAGGAAAGAUCUGGGGAUACUAAUUUUUGAAAAGCAGCUGGCUUUGGAGACUUGAUUUAAAAAGCAAAGACAUUCCUGCUUUUCAUGAUAGCCCACAUAUUUCUGUGGGGUCACAAUUGAAAAUGCUAUAUCGGCACCCCUCCAACUCAGGACCUUUCUCCCCCUAGGUCAACUGAAUUCUUUCCCCUCCACGAAAAGUUUUCAGGCAGAGCAGAUGCUGUGUCCCUCUUGUGGCAGCGUGGUUCUGAUGGCUCUACAGACGUGUGCGGGUUCAUAAAACAGGAAAGUUAACUAGCAGUUGGAAAGUACAGCUUAUUCCUCCCACCUGUUGCAGUCACGUGGGGAUGUUAUUUUAAACAGUGUGCCCAUGUGUCAUUCUGUCCAGCUGGUCUACCAGCCCAGGUUCCAUACCUGACCAUCCACAGAUGGAGAGAAGGGGCUUCGGAGGAGCUUUAUGAAUCUCUUCAAAAUCCUUCCGUUUCAUCACUCAGAUUCCUGAGCAGGAGUUGGGAAUACUGUUCAUCUUUCCUAUCCUCUCUUCUUUCUCUCACUGUGAAAAAUCAUAGUCAACCCCAAGUCAUACACUGGACCCAUCGCCUGCUGGGACAGGACUGUGGGUUUCUUGGUCACAUCUGUGUUGGUGCUCAAUGCAGUGUAGACGUGUUUGAAAAUAAAACAGACGAUUGUGUAUAA